AUGCAGCCUAUCAAGAUUUACAAUGGGCCUCACGGUCAAGGACCUAACCCUUGGAAACCCAUCAUUGUAGCCGAAGAGCUCGGUAUACAGUAUGAUAUCGUCUGGAUUCCGUACAGCGAGAUCAAAUCCGAACCGUACACUUCUCUGAAUCCCAAUGGACGGCUUCCCGCUAUGAUCGACCCGAAUAAGAAUGUCAUACUCUGGGAAUCCGGCGCCAUCAUCAACUAUCUCAUCGCCACCUACGAUAAGGAUCUCAAGCUCACGUAUGGAGACGACAGGCUUCAGGAGAAGUGGCAGCUUCAGAGUUGGCUCAUGUUCCAGAUGAGCGGCCAAGGCCCUAUGUUUGGCCAAAAAGUAUGGUUCACGCACAUCCACGUAGAGCAGAACGUACAGACGGCAAUAGAUCGCUACGCAGCUGAGGCUAGGCGCAUCAUGGGCGUAGUAAACGAUUCACUGCGCAAGCAGAGGCAGAAACUGCCGACUUAUGAGAAAUCCCUGGGCGUCGACAAUUAG